GACUGUCUUGACCGUUCGUGGACGUUUAGAGAGAGAAACUAUACAACUAAACUAGACUGGAGACUCAUUAUAGGCUCCCGUCGUUGUUUGUCCACUAAAGAGAGAGAAACUCAAUUUUAGAGAGCGCGUUUGGUCUGCUCCACAGCCUCUGUUGCUGCGUUGACUUUUUGAAGGGGUUUUGUUCCCCACUGAUGUUCCCAAACAAAGAUUGUGGUACAUAUCACAAGUGCAGAUCAAAUGCCAUCACUAAAAAUGAAGACAAAAAUAAAUGUGGGCUCUUUAAGAGAAAAAGAUUGUCUUCAUGUGUGUCAGAAGUCGAGUAUGAUAUCCAAAAAAUCAUGUCCGCGUGUCAAGGUUACUCAACAAGCAACAGAAUUUGACACAUGUAUUCUGAACCGUCAAACGGUUUCAUUGAGCAUGGAAGUGUCCACUCAAGAUAUUGAAAGUGAUGGAGCCAUUGGCCAGCAAGAAUUCCGAGAUGAGCAAAACUCUUGGUUUCAGAGGCAGCCUUCAAUGCUUCUAGAGUCUUCAACUGUUGGCAAAGCGGACUCUAUAUCUACUUACAUGUCAAACUUGGAGACAAUUUUUUCCCCUUCUAUGGUGCCUACUGAUCUCCAUAGCGACCCAACUGUUGAUAAUGAUACAGGGAUCUACAAGUAUUGUGACGUACCAGGGUUGGGAGAUGAAGAAAGCAAUGAUAACAGAAGGUCACGUGAUUAUCAGACUUGUAAUGUAUCAGAUUUCUUUAUUUCUGAUAUGUUUGUUGCGGGCUUACCCCUUGUGGGGAAUUCUCUUGAUGCUGAUAUGAAUGAGGCUGGUCUCUUUCCUGAUUAUAAUUGUGCUGAGCCAAAUAUGUUAUUUGAUGUGGCUGAGGAUUACAUGAUAUUACCUUUCCUUGAGGAGACUGCCAGAAUGAAUGACUCCAAUAAUGAAAAAUUAGAUGGGGUUGCCAUGAUGGAUUCUGAUAAAUCUAACUUAUAUCUAGCAACUGAUCAGACAAGAUCGUGCAAUCUGGGAUCUGAUGUUAACUCUGACUCAGAGAAAGUAGAAGACUUUGAUCCACAGUUGUUUCUUAAAAAUCUGCCAGAACUAUCGGAUGUGCUAUCAAAUUUUCUUCCUGCUACUUUACCCAAGGAGCCUUGGAAGAGGAAGCCGAUAACCCUGGUACUUGAUUUGGAUGAAACACUUGUUCAUUCCACAUUGGAACAUCGCGAUGAUUCGGACUUCACCUUUACGGUUUUCUUCAACAUGGAAGAGCAUACUGUAUAUGUAAAAAAGCGGCCUCAUCUCCAGACAUUCCUGCAGAGAGUUGCAGAGAUGUUUGAAAUCAUUAUAUUUACGGCUAGCCAAAGCAUAUAUGCAGAACACCUUCUCGAUAUACUGGAUCCGGAGAAAAAGUUUAUAUCAAGGAGGGUAUAUCGUGAAUCAUGCAUUUUUUCGGAUGGAACAUACACUAAAGAUUUGACAGUGUUAGAUGUUGAUCUUGCUAAAGUUGCAAUAAUUGAUAAUUCUCCACAGGUUUUCAGGCUGCAAGUAAAUAACGGAAUCCCUAUUAAAAGUUGGUUUGAUGAUCCAUCAGAUUGUGCUCUAAUUUCAUUACUUCCUUUCUUGGAGACUCUGGUGGAUGCUGAUGAUGUCCGUCCUAUCAUUGCCAAGAAAUUCGGUAACAAGGAAUAAGAGUCUUUUGCCUUUUCUGACUAGCUUCAAUAUAGCUCCUGCCCCUUCAGUUUAUCUUUAAACAUAAUUUGGCCUUUAAUUUAGGUUUUCAAUUAUCUUCUCUUUGGGUUUUUGAGGUAGUUAACCAUAAAUUAUCGCUUAUCAUGUUGUCGAGUCAGCUCUGGUGCUAGUUCUAUUUUCCCCUUCAGCUGACAGCUCCAUGGAAUUGUUUGUCUAAUUUUUUCAGAAGGUAGUCACAGAGUGCCUUCUUUUUUUUUUUUUUUUCCUUGUACAGUUGAAUUUGCAGUCAUCUUCCUAAGGGGGGUGUACAAUGAAUCUUGUGAAAUAUAGUUUGCAGAAACAUGUUUACUUUUUCAUCUGGCACUUUCAUAGUUGUCUCUA